GUUCCCACUCAUAUUUUAGGCAGUUGCCUUGAUUUUACAAUUCGAGCCUUUACUAUCUGCCUAAAAUUCUGACCUCAUUCAACUCUGCCAUGAUCUGAUUCUUUCCCUUCCGCCGUUUUAAUCCGUUGCAUUCCCCUCGUGGCGUUACCCGACACCAUGCCUCCCAACACCGCAAAAGCAAUCGACCCCAGCAACGAUGAUCAUGUUGCCGAGUUAAUGGCGCGGGAGGCGCGAGACAGCUCCUUGAAGUACUCUGCGCGUGGAUUGGAAGCAUACAUGCCGAAAAGGCCUACCGGCGCUGCCCCAAAACCAAACACUCGAUUCCUUCGUCAUAUUAUCCGAGAAACAGACAACCAUAACACUGCCCUGAAACGGAAAGAAGAGCGCGAAGCCAGGGAGCGAAUGCGACAGCUAAGGGCCCAAGCAUCAUCCUCAUCGCACGAUGCAAGACGUGAGCAACGACGCGGUCAUCGGACAUCGGAUGAGCGAGGGUCAAGGCAUGAACGCAGACGAGAUCGCGACGAAAAGUCUAGCUCGCAUCGCAGAAGACAUAGAAGUCGUUCGGAUUCUGAGAGGGAUCAAUCGCAUAGGAGCCGUCGCAGACGUGAGCCUGAUGAUGUCCACGAUACGGAGCGACACAGACAUUCUAGAAGGAGUCAUCGAGAUCGGUCAUAUUCUCGGUCUAGAAGCCGAUCUCCAGAAGAUUCUCGGGAUGCUGACUCUCGCCGCCGUCGCCGACAUUACCGCAGUCGCUACGAUUCAGUGUCACGGUCACGGUCCCGGUCCCCGAGGGUCUCUGGGAGGCGCAACAAUAAAGACGGCGAACGCAGGAGUCACCGGGGCUCUCGGGAAUAUGAGUCUUCCAAAAGAAAUGAGACAGUGGCACGCGAGGAAAAACCACCUCUUCGCACAGCAGACUCGGAGAAUCCACAAUCUGGAGACGAGUCGGAUCCACUAGAAGACCUAGUUGGACCUCUGCCAGCGAAGGAGGGUGGUCAUGGGUUUCCAGAGCCGGUUCGCUCUCGGGGUCGGGGCGCUUAUAGGCCUAAUAUGAGCAACAUCGACGCACACUUCGCGGCUGACUACGACCCUACUACGGAUGUUCAAUUGGAGGAAGAGGAGGGGCAGGCAGGUAGCCGGUCUACUCGCCGACCCGUGCCGGGUUUAAUGACUGGAGAUGACGACUGGGGCCUUGCUCUUGAAGCGGUCCGCGAUCGCGCUCGGUGGAAGCAGAAGGGCGAGGAGAGACUGCGGGAAGCCGGCUUCGGGAACGAGUUUGUGGAGAGAUGGAAGAACAACACUACCUCCACGCCCGGGGACGACACCGAGGGCAGGCUGGAUGAUGUGAAGUGGUCGAAGAAAGGCGAAGGUCGCGAGUGGGAUCGGGGCAAGUUUGUUGACGAUGAUGGACAUAUUGACGUUAAGGCGUCUUGGUAGAGGGGCAUGCACUCACACACUUGCAAGGUUCGGGCGUUCUAUCGGUCAUCCAGAUAUCCAUUGGUACAGCUUGUAUCUAGGCAUAUCUCUGUAUAUUUAC